AUGGAGACUAUACCAUUUCAUGGUAAAUAUCUACAAAGUGGAGGAUUUGGGAUGGCAGUUUUUAGUGUGACAUCGACGACAAAGGUCCGGAUUAGCCCAUUCGUGGCCACAUUGGUUGCGAAUCCGACGCUUAUGUCGGGUUUGUUUGCUUGGAUCGCAGCACAAUCGAUGAAGGUGUUCUUGAAUUUUUGUGUGGAGCGAAAAUGGGACUUGAGGAUUUUGUUUGCGUCUGGAGGGAUGCCUUCGUCGCAUUCGGCUUUGUGUACUGCUUUGACUACUUCAGUGGCUAUAUGUCAUGGAGUAGCAGACUCUUUAUUUCCUGUGUGUUUGGGGUUUACUUUGAUUGUAAUGUAUGAUGCUAUCGGGGUUCGAAGGCAUGCUGGCAUGCAAGCUGAGGUAAUUGUUUUUAUAGUUUGUAGAUAG